AUGAGUGCAUUGCUUGAUUUUGUUCGGACAUUGGUUUCUGGUGACAAGGUUCGAUAUCAGGAUCAGGUCGGAACAACAUUUUAUGACUUGGAUUUAACGUAUAUUACCAAUCGUAUUAUUGCGAUGGGAAUACCAGGAGAAGGAUUUAGUGCAUAUUAUAGAAAUCAUGUGGAGACUGUUGCUCAAUUUUUCAAGGAAAAACAUGGAGGACACUUUUUGAUUAUCAACCUAUCGGAAAUACCCUAUGAUUAUAAAUUAUUUGAGGAAGGAGAGGGUGCUGGAAAAGUUAUUGAGAAGGGAUUUCCAGAUCAUCACAAUCCUCCGGUUGAAUUUCUUAUUGAAAUUUGUGAAGCGAUGGAUAAAUUUCUGAAGGAAAAUCCUAAUAAUGUAGUAUCUAUUCACUGUCUUGCUGGAAGAGGUAGAACAGGAACUGUUAUUGCAUGUUAUAUGACAUAUAGUGGAAUGUUUGAAUCAGGGACAGAAGCACUUGAUUAUUUUGCAUCUCAAAGAUCAAGUAGAGAACGUGGUGUUGCUCAACCAAGUCAA